UCUUAUCAACUGUAUGCACCCUUUUUUACCUUGACAUUUGUAUCGAAGUUCAGAGGGGGGGAUACGUGUCGCGCUCUCCUAAGUUUUGGGCGGUCAGCAGGAUCCCGCUCAUUCCCCAAAGAGUAUCAACGAGUCAAGAAGCAGCUCGGAGUCACGAUGCGCUUCCUGCACUUGAUCCGGCCCGUCAUGUGCGUGCUGCCCGAGGUGGCGCAGCCCGACCGCAAGAUCCCGUUCCGUGAGAAAGUUCUGUGGACGAUCAUCACGCUCUUCAUCUUCCUGGUGUGUUGCCAGAUCCCGCUCUACGGCAUCCAGACGUCCAAGUCGUCGGACCCGCUCUACUGGAUGCGUGUGAUCCUGGCUUCCAACCGCGGCACGCUCAUGGAGCUGGGUAUCAGUCCCAUCGUGACCUCGGGUCUCGUCAUGCAGCUGCUUGCCGGCUCCAAGAUGAUCGAAGUGGACCAGUCGCUCAAAGAGGACCGCGCGCUGUUCAGCGGUGCGCAGAAGCUCUUCGGUAUCCUCAUCACGCUCGGCGAGGCUGUUGCCUACGUGGUCUCUGGCAUGUACGGCAACAUCUCGGACAUUGGCGCCUUCAACGCUAUUCUCAUCAUCGUGCAGCUGCUCUGCGCCGGUGUGCUCGUCAUCAUCCUGGACGAGAUGCUGCAGAAGGGCUACGGCCUUGGCUCAGGUAUCUCGCUGUUCAUCGCCACCAACAUCUGUGAGAACAUCGUGUGGAAGGCCUUCUCCCCCACGACUAUCAACACUGGUCGCGGUACGGAGUUCGAGGGCGCCAUCAUCGCUCUGUUCCACCUACUGAUCACCCGCUCGGACAAGCUGCGUGCACUCAAGGAGGCCUUCUACCGUCAGAACCUGCCGAACAUCACGAACCUAUUGGCUACCAUGUUCGUCUUCGUCGUGGUCAUCUACUUCCAGGGCUUCCGUGUGGACCUCCCGGUGAAGUACCAGAAGCUGCGUGGCCAGCAGGGCACGUACCCGAUCAAGCUCUUCUACACGUCCAACAUGCCCAUCAUCCUACAGACUGCUCUGGUGUCCAACCUGUACUUCAUCUCGCAGCUGCUGUACAAGAAGUUCAGUGGCAACUUCCUCGUGCGUCUGCUCGGUGUGUGGCAGGACGUGGAGGGCAGUGCUGGCCAGACUGUGCCUGUAGGUGGCGCCGCGUACUACAUGUCGGCCCCCAGCAACUUGGCUCAGAUCAUGUACGACCCCAUCCGCUUCGUCAUCUACGUCAUCUUCAUCCUCGGCUCGUGCGCGCUCUUCUCCAAGACGUGGAUCGAGAUCUCGGGCUCUUCGGCUCGUGACGUGGCCAAGCAGCUCCGUGACCAGCAGAUGGUCAUGAAGGGCCACCGUGACUCAUCUAUCGUGCACGUGCUGAACCGCUACAUCCCCACGGCUGCUGCCUUCGGUGGUAUGUGCAUUGGCGCGCUGUCGAUGGUGGCUGAUCUUCUGGGCGCAAUCGGUUCGGGUACCGGUAUUCUGCUGGCUGUGACCAUCAUCUACCAGUACUUCGAGACGUUCGCACGGGAGCAGGCAGAAAUGCCAUUCAGCGGCCUCUUCGGCUUCUAAGCACGAGUGCUCGCUGCGAUGCAUCUUUAUAGAGCAAACAGUACACACUGGCAUACAAUCGAUGAACGAGAAGCAAAGGAGACGAGAGGACUGGACUGCCCAACAGGUUGUUCCCGUUCAAGGAGUACUAUCAGGUGCUCUUUGCUGACUUCAAUAGUAGAAUUUGGUUAGGAUCAUCAGCAAAAGUUGAGCGAGCGAGGUGAGAGGCCCUUCCCCGCUGCUUAGUUCGGACAUGAGCCAUGCGGACGUCAUCUCGAUCGCUCUUAGGUGCGCGAUGGGCAGUUGAUCCUCUUGAUUCUUUUGUGACGCGUUCAAGGUGUAGCUGGGUGUGCAGUGCGCUCGGAUUCAGACCAGCUUUUCAUAAAGCAAUAAAAUCUUUCAACAAUUUUCUGUUUGUUC